AUGAUUCCUGCGCAGUAUGAAAAGUGCAAACAUAAAAUGCAGGAAAUCAUUGAAGGCGGUGAUCAAUUUUGCAUCACAACUGAUUGUUGGACAUCUCGCAAUGUUUCCAGUUUUAUUGCGGUUACAGCACACUUCGUCUCGCAGGAAUUCGAGCUUAAGUCCAUACUUUUGGCGGCUUCUGAACUUAAUAUAAACCACACGGCUGAAAACUUAGCAAAUGCAAUACAAAAAAUUGUAUGUGAUUGGAAAAUAGAAAGCAAAGUUUUGCUUGCUGUUUCCGAUAAUGCAAGCAAUAUAAAAAGUGCCAUUAUUGCCAAAUUGAACUGGAAGCAUUUCGGAUGUAUGGCUCAUACAAUGAACCUGAUUGUGAAAGAAGGGUUACGACUUCCUGAAGUUAACCAUAUAAUUGAGAAGGUUAAAGCAAUAGUUUCUUAUUUUAAGAAAAGCUCUUCAGCUAACGAAGCCUUUCUCAAUUAUCAGCGAAACAGUGGCAAGGAGCCACUAAAGCUAAUACAGCAGGUUGAAACCCGGUGGAAUUCCACGCUUGCGAUGAUGGAACGGUUUGCCGCAUUGGAAGAAGCAAUAAAAUGCACACUAGUUAUUUUAAAUAAAACGAUUCCUACUUUAUCCACCGAAGAAUGGCAGAUUGUCAACGACUUAUGCAAAAUAUGUCAACCUUUCAAAGAUGCUACAAUAAGCAUAAGUGGCGAAACUUAUUGCACGGGUUCGCUGAAAAAACGUAUAUCAAUUCAAAAUGAACCCGUCAUUGGUGUUACGGAAGAACAGCCAUCCACCUCUAAUGCCAUAGUAAUAAAAAUGACCCAGACAAAAAUUUCGAAUAUGCAUCGGCAGUCUUCAAAGCAGGAUUUGAACAAUAAAUUGUUACAGCUAUUUACGGUAGAUUUACAACCAUUUAGUUUAGUGGAAGACAAUGGAUUCAGGGAGUUUGUAAGAUCGUUGAAUCCAAACUAUGAACUUCCAAGCAGUCGGGUUAUUUCAAAAACCAUGAUUCCUGCGCAGUAUGAAAAGUGCAAACGUAAAAUGCAGGAAAUCAUUGAAGGCGGUGAUCAAUUUUGCAUCACAACUGAUUGUUGGACGUCUCGCAAUGUUUCCAGUUUUAUUGCGGUUACAGCACACUUCGUCUCGCAGGAAUUCGAGCUUAAGCCCAUACUUUUGGCGGCUUCUGAACUUAAUCUAAACCACACGGCUGAAAACUUAGCAAAUGCAAUACAAAAAAGUGUAUGUGAUUGGAAAAUAGAAAGCAAAGUUUUGCUUGCUGUUUCCGAUAAUGCAAGCAAUAUAAAAAGUGCCAUUAUUGCCAAAUUGAACUGGAAGCAUUUCGGAUCUGGACUGGCAAAAAAAUAUUUGUGUGCACUAGCUUCCUCAGUUCCCUGUGAAAGAAUUUUUUCUAAAGCAGGUCAAAUUGUCAGUGACCGGCGUUCACGAUUGAGUGAAAAAAACACUGAGAUGCUAUUAUUUUUAAAUACAAACGAAAAAUAUCUGUGGAAAGUUUUAGUUGACUGA